ACGAAUCUUGAACUUAAGUUUCUUUUUGCCGAAAUACGAGUCCCAUAUGUUUAUCCUAAGGGACUAACGAACAAGUGUAUCGGGGAACAACUUUAAACAUUUUGGCACCUAAUAUAUUCGAUAAUACAACGAGUAUGAGGAAAAAGUGCUUGCUAAGGAAAAGGAUGUACGAGAGUUCCUGUUCUUAUCCUCAAUUAGGACAGACGCAGGACCUUAAGUUCCCGACGACAAUAAAAACCGAAGAGUUCUCGCCGUCCCAGGACUCGUGGCCUUACAGGUUCAGCACGUUCGAACAACUAAAGCAGAGCGUCGAAAAGGCCAAGGCUGCCUUGCAGGAUAGAGGAGGAUUUUUCAGUGGAAGCAGUGCUUUCAGUGAACUGUAUGGAACUGUGCCUGCGUCUGGAUUUGAUACUUCCCGUCUCAGAAAUUCAAACGAAAGCAAAAGAAAUGCACAAGAUACAUCCUACAAGAGUUCUUGGGGUUCACACAGUUCCACUCCCUCUCAAGGUUAUGGAAGUAAUAGUUUGUCGGGGAUGACAAAGGCGUCGUUGGACCCCCACGGUCAUCUCAGACAGCCAGAUCCGUAUCAAAUGUUUGGACCCACAAGCAGUCGAUUGGCUAGUUCAGGUUCGGGUCAAAUACAGUUAUGGCAAUUUCUUCUGGAGCUUUUGAGCGAUUCUUCGAAUUCCGCGUGUAUUACAUGGGAAGGAACGAACGGAGAGUUCAAAUUGACCGACCCCGACGAAGUAGCACGUCGAUGGGGUGAGAGAAAAUCAAAACCUAAUAUGAACUACGACAAGCUCAGUAGAGCCCUUAGGUAUUACUACGACAAAAAUAUAAUGACAAAAGUGCAUGGUAAAAGGUACGCGUACAAAUUCGACUUUCAGGGUUUAGCAGCGGCCACACAGCCAGCUUCCGGUGACCCAGGAAGUUACAAGUACCAGAGCGAGCUUUUCAUGAGUUCCUACCAUCACGGUCACGCAAAAUUGGGUGGAUUCAUGGGACCACACACUGGAAUGCCCAAUUCAACAGGUAAAUUACCUUUUACUACCAUUUAUACCAUGCACCGUUCAUGCGGAACGUAUCAAUGUUUGUGUUCGAUGUUCAAAUAACGGAAGGGGGGCGUGAAAUGUUUAUUAAGCAACUUUUCCGAUACGUCGUGACUAUAGAUGACAC